AUGUCAGCUACCGAUAAAUCAGCAUUACCAUUCACUGAACAACAUUAUUUCUCUUCAUACGAUCAUUUCGGGAUUCACGAAGAAAUGUUGAAAGACACCAACAGAACUUUAAGUUAUAGAUCAGCUAUGUUAAAAAACAGAGAUGCAUUCAAAGAUAAGAUUGUUUUAGAUGUUGGAUGUGGUACUGGUAUUUUAUCAAUGUUCGCUGUUAAAGCUGGUGCCAAACACGUUUACUCAGUUGAUAUGUCAAACAUUAUUGAUAAAGCUAAAGAAAUCAUCACCUUAAAUGGAUUCGAAGAUAAAAUCACUUUAAUCCAAGGUAAAUUAGAAGAUAUUGAAUUACCUGUUAAAAAUGUUGAUAUAAUAGUUUCUGAAUGGAUGGGAUAUUUCUUAUUAUAUGAAUCAAUGUUAGAUACUGUUUUAUAUGCUAGAGAUAAAUAUUUAGUUGAAGGGGGUUUAAUCUUACCUGAUAAAUGUUCUAUGUAUAUUGCUGGUAUUGAAGAUGGUGAAUAUAAAGAUGAAAAAAUUAAUUAUUGGCAAGAUGUUUAUGGAUUUGAUUAUAGUCCAUUUAUUGAAGUUGCUAUGGCUGAACCAUUAGUUGAUACUGUUGAUAACAAUUCAUUAAUUACUUCAAGUUACAAGUUCUUUGAAUUCGAUAUAAAUACCGUUAAAAAAGAAGAUUUAGCUUUCACCAGAGAAUUCGAAUUGAAAGCUUUAACUAAUGAAUUAUGUCAUGCUUAUAUUGUUUGGUUCGAUUGUGAAUUCCCAGGUAAUGAAAAAGUUUUCUUAAAAACUGGACCAAUGAGUCAAUACAGUCAUUGGAAACAAACUGUCUUCUAUAUGGAUAAAGUAUUAGAUUUAAAACAAGAUGAAAAAAUCAAAGGUAAAAUCUCAGCCAGACCAAAUGCUAAAAACCCAAGAGAAAUUGAUAUUGAAAUUGAUUGGGAUGUUCAAACUAAAGAUUCUAGAAAAGUUGUUGGUAAAUAUAAUUAUUUUAUGCGUUGA